AUGGAUGUUCAGGCGAUCAUUGCUUCAACUGCGGACAUUAGUUUGGAAGAGGAGGAGCAGGGAGUACGGUUCGAAGAGGAGGUUUUCGGUGGUGCGCAACAGGUAGCGGAACGGCGUUCAUGGUCAUUAGUAGGCCGCUUCCUUACCGACCGGAAUUUGAAGGUGGAUAUAAUGAAGCGUGUGAUGGCUUCAGUAUGGCGUCCGCUUAUGGGGAUUGAGAUUGCAGACGUACUCCCCAAUCUGUAUCUCUUCACUUUCUUCGACGAGGCGGAUAUGCGAAGGGUGGUUGAUGAGGGCCCUUGGGCGUUCGAAAACGCUACGUUUCUAUGCCACGAACUGAAGGCUGAUGAAGACCCGACACAGGUGGUGCUAAAUACCGUAGAAUUCUGGCUGCAGGUUUACGAUAUUCCCCCGGGUUUCCGUACGGUGAAGGUUCUUGAACGAAUUGGAGACUUCGCCGGGGUUUUCUUAAGCUACGAUGAGCGAAAUUUUCAAAGGCCUUGGACUGCGUUUUACCGGGUACGUAUUACUCAUGAUGUCACUACUCCGUUAAAACGACGUAUGAAAAUGAUCUUAAGGGAUGGGACAUGGACUUGGAUUAAUUUUCGUUAUGAGAGGUUGCACAUGUUUUGCUUUUUUUGUGGUAUUAUGGGGCAUACGGACAAGUUCUGCUUAGCGGCUCGUCGGUCUUUAUUAACACCGGAGCAGUUUCCUUUUGGUCCAAGUCUGAGAGCGGGGGGUAACAGUCCGGCAAAGGUGUUGGGCGAGAAGUGGUUUAAGCUGGGGCAAGAGAGGAGGAGGGAGAUUGGGUUUGGAGAUGGUGGUUCGGGACAGCGUGGUAUGGCAGUGGGUGGCCAGGCAGUGGUUGCGGCUGGGGGUAGGGCAGUGGGGUUGGGUGUUGGCGGGCAGAAUGUUUCGGGUGAGGGUGGUGGUGGGCAGCCGGGGUUGGUGAGGGAGGAGGGGGUUGAGGGGGAAAAUGUGGGGGAAGAAGCCCGAGUUUGUGUUUUUUAUGGAGACGAUGGUGGGGGGGAUCAUGCGGAGAGGCUCCGUGUGAAACUGGGGUUUGAGGGGUGUUUUAAGGUGGAUAGCGUGAGACGGAAGGGUGGUCUUUGUUUUCUUUGGCGUCGAAAUAACUGUGCUAGGCUGUUGAACUAUUCCCAGAAUCAUAUUGACUUGGAGGUGUCUUUGCUGAAUGGGCGCCCCUGGAGGCUUACGUGUUUUUAUGGCUACCCGAAUAGGGAUAGAAGGAGAGCUUCAUGGGAUUUCUUAAGGUUACUCAAAGGUGCUCCUGAUUUGCCUUGGGUGGUUUUAGGGGAUUUCAAUGACAUUCUUAUGAAGUCUGAGAAGAGGGGUAGGUUGCCGCAUCCUAAUGGUUUGUUGGAGGGGUUUGGGGAUGCACUGGAUGAUUGUGGCCUAAUGACUUUACCUAUGGUGGGGUACCCAUUUACUUGGGAACGCUUCAAGGGGACAGUGGAUUGGGUGGAGGAGAGGGCGGUGGUGGAGGAUGAGUGGUCUGUUUCGGCUGGGAUGGGCCUCCAGGCUAGGCUUGAGUCAUGUGGCCGGGGGUUGCGGAGAUGUGGGGGAGAGCGUCACCAUAGGUUUGGGAAGCGGAUUGAGGAGAUAAGGAGGGAGAUGGGCACUUUACGGGGCAAGUCUGAUUCAGGCUCCUUGGCUCGUUUUAGGCUCUUGGAUGGCACUCUGGGGUCAGUUCUGGCGCAGGAGGAGGCAUUCUGGAAACAACGGGCUAAGCAGCAUUGGCUACAGGGGGCUGAUAGAAGGAGGAAGAACGGUAUUGAGAAACUGAAAGAUGAGGGGGGUGCCUGGCAUGAGGGUCAGGCUUUGAGUGCUUUGAUAGCUGAUUAUUACAGGAAUGUUUUCACUUCAGGGGGAAGUCCGGGGCCUUUUAAUCUUGACACAUUACAUGCCCGUGUUACACCGCAACAGAAUGAUGAUCUAUUACGACCUUUUCAGCCGGAUGAGGUGCGAGCCGCUUUAUUUGCUAUGGGGAAGGACAAAUCACCGGGACCGGAUGGAAUGAAUCCGGGUUUCUACCAAUCCUUCUGGAAUGUUGUGGGUAAGGAUGUCACUGACUUUGUUAUUGAUUGUCUAUCUUGUGCUUCUUUUCCCCUUGCUUUGAAUGAUGCCAAUAUUGUAUUGAUUCCAAAGAAGUGUAAUCCGGAGUCAGUGUCUGACCUAAGGCCUAUUGCGUUAUGUAAUGUUUUAUAUAAGAUUAUGGCCAAGAUGUUAGCUAACCGAAUGAAGCCGCUUCUGGAGGGUUUAAUUUCUGACUCACAGAGUGCCUUUCUCCCGGGUAGGCUAAUUUCAGACAAUAUCCUUAUUGCUUCCGAGGUUGGUCACUAUCUGAGAAGGAAGCAGUUGGGACAGGUCGGAUGGGCAGCCCUUAAGCUGGACAUGGCUAAGGCGUAUGACAGGAUGGAGUGGCCUUUUGUUAGGCAGAUGCUACUCGGGUUGGGUUUUGAUGAGAGGUGGGUGCAGUUGAUUAUGUUAUGUGUCCAGACAGUACGGUAUAGAGUCCUGGUGAAUGGUUCCCCAACUGAUGAGUACCCACAAGGGGGUGGCCCGGGGGCUCCUCCAAUAUCACACUUGUUUUUUGCAGAUGAUAGCCUCCUGUUCUUUAAAGCUAAUCUGCAGGAAUCCUUGGAGGUGAAGAGAUGUCUUGGUUUUUAUGAGGCUCACUCUGGGCAGGCGGUUAAUUUCAAUAAGUCAAGUGUCUCUUUCAGCCGUAACACUAGCGGAGAUGUCCGGAACCUUGUUGCUCAGACUUUGGGAGUAAGCCAUGCUGAGGAUUUUGGUAAGUAUCUGGGUCUGCCUUCGGUUAUUGGAAGAAAUAGGAAGGUGGUUUUUGCAUAUAUAGAGCAAAAGUUGAAACAAAGGUUUGGCUCUUGGAACAAGCGUUUGUUAUCCAGGGCUGGUAAGGAGGUCUUAUUGAAGAGUGUAGCGCAGGCCAUGCCUACUUACACCAUGAGUAUCUUUUUGUUACCUCUAACUUUAUGCUCUUCUCUCGAAAGAUUAAUGAACAGAUACUGGUGGGGCCGAAAUGACAGGGAGGAUGGUAUCCACUGGUAUGCCUGGGACAGAAUGUGUAAGCCUAAGCAGUAUGGUGGCAUGGGGUUUAAACGCUUGCAUCAGUUUAACUUGGCAUUGCUAGGUAAGCAGGGGUGGCGGUUGCUGACAUGUCCAGACUCUCUUGUAGCCCGGGUCUUUAAGGCAAGGUAUUAUCCUACUACUUCUUUCUUUGAUGCUGUCAUAGGAGGCAAUCCAAGUUAUGUCUGGCGGAGUAUAAUGGCUAGUCAGGAGCUGGUGAAAUCGGGGUGUAAGCGGCGUAUUGGUAACGGCAGAUCCACGCAGAUAGUGCAGUUGCCUGUUAAUUUAGUGCAUGAUGAUGUGUGGUACUGGGAAGGAGAUUUACGGGGCUGCUAUUCGGUAAAGGAGGGUUAUAAGCGGCUUGGGGAAAUCCAUGUACACGGCUCGGCGGUUUGGAACGGAAUUUGGAGGCUAAACAUACCUCCGAAAUGGAAAAAUUUAAUGUGGAGAGCUCUUUCUAAUAUUUUGCCCACGCUUGAUAAUUUAAUUAAAAGACGAGUGGAUUUAUUGAAUAUUUGCCCUGCUUGUGGUUUGUUAGAAGAGAGUAUUAUGCAUAUUUUCUGUACCUGUGAAUAUGCUUCUCGUGUUUGGAUUGCUUCUCAGCUCCCGAAACCCCAGAUUAAUGGUUCUGAUUUUAUGCAUUGGGCAGAGUUAUGGCUGGGUGGUGCGGCUGGUUAUUCACGUGAAACACAGGGGAUGAUGUGCGGUCUCAUUCAUGAGUUGUGGAUGGCUAGGAACUCAACUGUGUGGGAGGCGAAGUUACCUUCCCCUCAGGUGCUGUGCCGGGUCUUUGCAGCGAGAUGGGCUGCGUGGAGUGACUGUGUGGCGAAUAGUCCAGCGCGGCAACCAAGGCAAUUGCACACACCUUCGGCUCAGGGUAUUACAUGCUGUGUGGAUGCUGGUUUUCACGGUCCUGGACAUGCCGCUGCUUUUGGCUUCAUUGUGAGGGAGAAUGGUGUUUUUGUAGCUGCGGUGAAUGGCCCGAUGGUGUGUCCUUACAACCCCCUUAUGGCAGAAACGAUGGCGGUGUGCGAAGCUCUAUCAUGGCUAAAGGAUAACGGCUAUUCGACGGCUAAAGUUUACAGUGACUCUUCAGUUCUUGUUUCAUGUCUAUGUAGCAGUAGCUCAUUUCGUUCCUAUGUUGGUUUUAGUUUGCUUUCAUGUUUUCGUUUACUUUCUUCUAUGCCUGAUUCUCAGAUUAGUUUUAUUUCUAGGGUCGCGAAUCAAGCGGCUCAUUCUUUAGCAAAGCAUGUAAUUGCUAGUUUGUCACGAUCCACGUGGAGGAAUGUUCCACCUCCAUUUAUUUUGCCUGAUAUGGCUAAUGAAAUAUAG